AGUGGGCGGCGGCGCGGCGGCGGCGUGGGAGCUGGAGAAGUUUGGGAGGUCGCGGGCCGUGCGGGGCUCCCAGCCGGGCUGACGCCUCGAGGACGAGGCGCGGCGCGCUCUCACGGACGCUCCCCGCCGUCCGCGGUCGUCUGGCCUCCUCUCGCUGGGAAGUGUUUAAGCUUCUAAAAUGUCAUCUAUCAAGCACCUUGUUUAUGCAGUGAUUCGGUUCUUGAAGGAACAAAGUCAAAUGGAUACAUAUACUUCUGAUGAACAAGAAAGCUUGGAAGUUGCAAUUCAGUGCUUGGAGACAGUUUUUAAGAUCAGCCCAGAAGAUACACACCUGGCAGUUUCACAGCCUUUGACAGAAUUGUUCACCAAUUCCAUCCGUAAGAAUGACAUUUUGCCCCUCUCCAACUCAGUGCCUGAAGAUGUGGGGAAAGCCGAUCAGUUAAAAGAUGAAGGCAAUAACCACAUGAAAGAAGAAAAUUAUACAGCCGCAGUGGAUUGUUACACACAGGCCAUAGAACUGGAUCCCAAUAAUGCAGUUUACUACUGCAACAGGGCUGCUGCCCAAAGCAAAUUAAGUCACUACACUGAUGCAAUAAAGGACUGUGAAAAAGCAAUAGCAAUUGAUUCUAAGUACAGCAAGGCCUACGGGAGGAUGGGGCUGGCCCUCACCGCCAUGAAUAAGUUUGAAGAAGCAGUUACAAGUUAUCAAAAGGCUUUAGAUCUUGACCCUGAAAAUGAUUCUUAUAAAUCAAAUCUGAAAAUAGCAGAACAGAAGCUAAGAGAGGUAUCUAGUCCCACAGGAACUGGAUUGAGCUUUGACAUGGCUAGCUUGAUAAACAAUCCAGCUUUCAUUAGUAUGGCAGCAAGUUUAAUGCAGAACCCUCAAGUCCAGCAGCUGAUGUCAGGAAUGAUGACAAAUGCCAUUGGAGGACCUGCUGCUGGAGUUGGGGGCCUGACUGACUUGUCUAGCCUCAUCCAAGCGGGACAACAGUUUGCUCAGCAGAUACAACAACAGAACCCUGAGCUUAUAGAGCAACUGAGGAAUCACAUCCGGAGCAGAUCAUUCAGCAGCAGCACUGAAGAACAUUCCUGAUUUGACCAGGAACCCUAGUCCUCAAAGUAAAUGGUUUGACUCUGAAAUGUCCACUGUAGAUAGUAUAGCCAAAAACAAAACAAAAACAAGAAGCACCAUGUUUGAAAAUAAUAGAGGAAAACCUCUUCUUAAAAGAAUAUAUCUGUUUAGACAAUAGGUUUAAACAUAGACUUGAACAUUACAUGCUUUGUUUGGAAACAAAAUGAUCAACAGACUUGUUAAAUGCUAAUACAGCACUAGGACAAGGGUCCAUCCAUUUUCAAACUUUUAUCAUCCUAUUUGUAUAUUAGACUUUAUAUAGGAGUAUAUUUAUUGAACAGUAGGGCUAUCUACUGGUGAGUUCUUUAGCUCCAGGUUCCCUUCAGCAAAGUUUUUGCCAGGGACGGUGACUUAAUGUGGAGAGGUUUUGUGUGCUGGUUUAAAGAAAAAUACUUGGCACCAAGCAUGUCAGGAAAGAAGCUUAUGACCCAGGUUUGGCUUUGCUCUGUGCUGCCAGUAAGUAAUGUGUCACAGCUGCCAGUACUGUCAUUUAUGCUGCUUAUUCCGAUGAGUGACAGGGAAUCUUAAGAGCUAUUAGAAAGCAGCAUCGGUGGAGGGAUGCUUUGAAGAGGAAAAGAAAAGUGUAAAUGUAUAGGGAGUAAAGACAGGGUUUUCUGCGUCAUUCUUUACUAGUCUUUAUGAGUCUGAAGUUUCAUAUCAACAUUAGCAUGGCCAAUUAUGCUUAAGAACAUAAUAAAAUACCUCUAGGGAUCCUUAACGGUACUGGUUAGGUCAAUGAUUUAACUGUUCGACUUCAUUUACCACAACUUCCUGGGUGGUCAACUUACCUUGGAAAUAUCAAAUAUACCUAUAUUUUAAUUAAUAAGCCAAUGGCUUGACUAUAAAUUAAGGAUUUUCAGAGUGGAAUUUGAUCAUCUAUCUGUAAACACUUUUUAAAAAAACUUUAGUAGCUGCCUAACAAAGAGCACUUGUCACUCACAUUGGUUGUUCAUGCUGUGACCCUCUGCUGCAAUUUAACCUGCUGUGCCAGUCUUAAACUUUAUUUUAAUUUGUUACAAUGUAAAACUAUUAGACAUAAAAUAUUUUAUUAUACACACUAGAUGCUCUAUUCAUGUGGCGUAUGGGUAGGUGAGUGAAAUGACAUUUGGUACUACCAUAUAGCUUUACAUGUAGUGACAGAUGAGACAGUUCUAAGUGGGAUUUUGUUUCCUAAUCAUGAAAUUGGCUAAGUUGGGAUGAUGUGAUCAUUUUGCCAGUGCUCAAGGGUAAAAUAAUAGUAAAGGUAAUGUAACAUAGGCCUUAAUGGUCCUGUUCUCAAAAGACUUAAUUUCUUUGUUUCUUGAACUUUAAAACCUUUUUUGUGGUAGUGGUUCCAUGAUCUCACUAUAAUCAUCAAGUAAGGGAAAUUUAUUAAAAAUGCAAAUAUAGAGCUACACCUUCAAUUUUGAUGUAGUAUUAAGACCUAGGAAUGAGCAUUUGAACCAAGUGGAUCGGAUGUAGGUCCAAAGACUCAAAAGUUCUGCAACAUUAUGUUAAAUCCCCAACUAAACCAGAAAAAACCUAAUCACUUGUGUUCGGAACAGAAUGAACCCCUACCUGAACCUUUGGUUCUGCUGGAGAAGAGCAAGACUUAAAUCUGAGGCCCUCUGAAAUCAAAUAUCCUAUAUUGUCUAAACUAUGAUUCAUUUUCAUGAAGUUACACUAAGUUCCUGGUGUUUAAGUGUUACACAAAAUGAAGAACUAAUCACAUAAAAGUUAUACUUGUGA